GUAGUACAGCUCUGAGUACUUGUGCCUGACUGUAGUACAGCUCUGAGUACUUGUACCUGACUGUAGUACAGCUCUCAGUACUUGUACCUGACUGUAGUACAGCUCUCAGUACUUGUACCUGACUGUAGUACAGCUCUCAGUACUUGUACCUGACUGUAGUACAGCUCUGAGUACUUGUACCUGACUGUAGUACAGCUCUCAGUACUUGUACCUGACUGUAGUACAGCUCUGAGUACUUGUACCUGACUGUAGUACAGCUCUGAGUACUUGUACCUGACUGUAGUACAGCUCUCAGUACUUGUACCUGACUGUAGUACAGCUCUGAGUACUUGUACCUGACUGUAGUACAGCUCUUAGUACUUGUACCUGACUGUAGUACAGCUCUCAGUACUUGUACCUGACUGUAGUACAGCUCUCAGUACUUGUACCUGACUGUAGUACAGCUCUCAGUACUUGUACCUGACUGUAGUACAGCUCUGAGUACUUGUACCUGACUGUAGUACAGCUCUGAGUACUUGUGCCUGACUGUAGUACAGCUCUGAGUACUUGUACCUGACUGUAGUACAGCUCUGAGUACUUGUGCCUGACUGUAGUACAGCUCUGAGUACUUGUACCUGACUGUAGUACAGCUCUGAGUACUUGUGCCUGACUGUAGUACAGCUCUGAGUACUUGUGCCUGACUGUAGUACAGCUCUGAGUCCUCCCAGCUGGAGGUGAACCCGGCUCUGUUUGCUCAGGUCGUUGAACCCGGUCAGCAGAAGGUCGGAUCAGGACCAACGAAACUGUCAGGCUGCAGAGAGGACGGAGCUGCAGACGGUUUCCUAGAUUUUCCAGGUGUUCUCCAAGUGGUAUCAAGGAUUCCGUAGGUGUUCCCAAGUAUCUCCAAGAGUAGCCAGGAGAUUCCAAGAAGAUUCCAAGUGGUUUCUGUGAGUUUCCAGGUGUUCCCAGCUGUUUCAGGGCAUGGCGGUGGGUCUGCAGGUGGUGGGUCUGAUGCUGGGUCUGGCGUCUUGGUGCCUGGCAUCCAGCUGCACCUCCUCCCAGCUGUGGAGGGUGAGGAGUCAGGCGGAGUCGGUGGGCAGCAGCCAGCGGCAGUUUGAGGGUCUGUGGAUGAGCUGCGCCGCCUCCUCGCUGGGAAACCUGCAGUGCAGCCGCUUCAAGACCACCUUAGGACUCCCAGUUCACCUGCAGGUCUGCAGGGCUCUGAUGAUCCUCUCUCUGAUGCUCGGACUUGCCUCCAGCAUCGUCUCCGUCCUCGGACUCAAGUGCACGAGGAUCGGCCGAACCUCGGAGAGCGCCAAGGAGAAGAUCGCCCUGACCGGAGGAUGCCUGUUCAUCCUGUCCGGCGUCUUCUCUCUGAGCGCCGUGUCCUGGUACGCUGCCAGAGUCAUCCACGACUUCCACAACCCGCUGUACGGAGGAGUCAGGUUUGAGCUGGGUACUGGUCUGUAUCUGGGCUGGGCGGCCUCCGGUCUGGCCGUACUGGGAGGGUCGAUGCUGUGCUGCUCCUACCGGAAGACAACCCCCCCAGCCUCUGCACGGCAGCUCUCGUACAGCCUCUCCCCAACCAGCGGAGGAGAGAAGAUCUACAGAGCAGCUCCGACCUCAGAGAUCAGCUCCAAAGCAGCUUACGUCUGAGGAACCUCACACACUGAUAGAUACUGCAGGAAGGAGUGCUAGCACCAGGGAAUGAGCAUUACAUCACUUCCUGUCCCCUGGUCUGGAGGUCAAUGGUUUUCUGAAUGUGUUUUUGGUUGUUGAUAUAAGGUCUGUGGUUAACACGAGCGGAUGCGAGACUGGUGGAUUUAAAAACAUGCCAACGAGUGUCUGAAUAUAACACACACACACACACACACACACACACACACACACACACACACACACACACACACACACACACACACACACACACACACACACACACACACACACACGAUAAGCGAUAAUGAGAUGUAUGCUGUUGCUUUAUUAUUAUCAUGCUCUGAUCCAUGUCUACAUCUUUUGUGUUCUUGAGAUUUUGAGAUCUUCGUUUCAACGAGUUGUAAAUAAACGUUUUCUUUGUUUCA